AUCUCACCAACUUCUUCUUCGUUGCAUUCUCUCUCGGACUCUUUACUCUUCCUCCCUCUCUCUCGUCCACGGCAAAUGGGUUGCUGUAGCUCGAAGCAGGACGUGGCCACCGGAAACACGGUCAGCCUUCGUCGUCCUCUCCGGAAGGAAUCGAGUGUGGCUUUUGACAGCGAGGCGUCCUCGACCACAACUGGCUCCACGGCCACCGACGACGGCUCCAAACGGCUACACGAAGUCAACGGCGAGGAGGCACAGCUCGCGUCCACGGAGUCACCGGACGGAGUCUUGUCGGCGGCAAAGCGAGACGCGAAGGAUUUCGAGGUGUCGACUAACUCCGACGUCGAUGCGGUGGGAACCGAUCACGUAGAGAUGGCUGCGGGCGUGCAUAGAGGCGCUGACGCUUCUGAAUCGAAGACCAGCGCGGAUGAGACCUCCAAAGCGUUCCAGGAGAAAGAGGAGACGAGCACGAGAGGAGACGUCGACGACGGGGAGUCAGUGGGUGAACACUCUGCGGACUUCAAAGAGGCAAUCUUUGUGGAGGAAGCAGAAGAGGCGGUGGCCAUUUCAGAGAAGAACAGCUCGGAAAAAGCUCAGACUGUGAGCGAGUCAUGAUGUGUGGGGAUUUCUCGAUCUAUUUUGUGUUUGCUACUCUUUCCAUUUCAUCAGAAAUCAAUGGACAAAAGAUAUGCAUAUAUUUUAAUUAG